GACAGGUCGCUUUUAGUCCGGGCUUUGGAAGAUGGAGCUCUCGGCGGUGGGAGAUCGUGUUUUCGCCGCGGAAUCCAUACUGAAGCGCCGUGUCCGCAAGGCAAGAAUUGAAUACCUAGUAAAAUGGAAAGGAUGGGCGAUGAAGCACAGCACUUGGGAGCCAGAGGAGAAUAUUUUGGACGACAGGCUGAUACUUGGCUUCGAGCAAAAGGAACGGGAUCGGGAAUUACAUGGGCCGAAGAAACGGGGGCCAAAACCUAAAAACUUUGUCAUGAAGGCUCGUGGGCGUAAAGGAGAAGCAAGAAGCCGAGCCUCCAAGUCCCAUCAGACCACAUCACGCUCCUCUUCGUCCACUCCCAGCCGAGCGACUCCUUCCUCUUCUGCUACACCUCAUCACUUAGGGUCUUCGUCCUCUUCCUCAACUGUAGCACCCUCUCCAAAACUCAAUUCUCUAGCCGCCACCCAUAAGCUGAAGAAAGACAUUCACCGUUGCCACCGGAUGUCCAGGCGCCCUCUGCCCCGCUCAGAUCCCUUGGCGUCCACCUUCUCCAACCCCGGAGGCCUUCCCUCCCGCCUGCACGUCUCCCCCUUCUCCGAGACCGUCCGCAUCCUUAACCGCAGAGUCAAACCCCGGGAAGUCAAGAGGGGUCGGAUCAUCCUCAAUCUAAAGGUCAUCGAUAAGCAGGGUCGUGGUGGAGCGGCCGCAGGCGGUAGGAAUAUUACAGCAGGACGCCAAAGCAUCCCUUCCCGCAAUCGUAUUAUCGGGAAGAAGGGAGAGGCCCCCUAUAGACCUUUUCAGCCUCCUCUGAAGAUGCUGGGGUUCCCGAUGUACGGGAAGCCGUUUGGCCUGCAGUGUGGAGGUCCUGUGCCUUUUCAAUCCCACCCAAGUUCAUGCUCAGGUGCCGUGAACACCCACUCCACCUCCUCCCAGUACAAGUCACCUCCCUCCCCUUCCAGCUCCAGUGGCUCUGAAGGAAAGUCUCGCACCACCGCCACAGCUGCACGGUCUGCCAGAGGAGCCUCGGCUUCCAGCGAGGGUCCCAAAUCCAGUAAACCUCACUCAGAGACCCAGAAGGGCCAGAGUGCCAAGCCAUCUGCUCCCGCCCCGUCCCCGGAUGUAGCGUCAGCAUCUCCCUUCCUCCCUUCCUCACCCUCCUCUUCCCUGGAAGAUGACGAGGAUGAGGGCACGACGGACCGAUCUGCAACCCAAGGGGGAGCGAGGAAAACUCGUAGGCCCAAACGCCAGCUUCCCGCCACCCUCCCCUCAGUCACCCCCAGCGACCAGAGCUCUACCCCCGCCGAUCCCAAAAGGGUGCCCGCCGAGGGGGACCCCGACUGGCACCCUGAAAUGGCACCCAGCUGCAAGGAUGUGGUGGUCACUGACGUCACCACCAACCUCGUCACCGUGACCAUAAAAGAGUUCCCCUCCCCGGCUUCGUGCCCAUCCUCACCCUCUGCUAGCCCCGAAAACGCCUCCUCCCCUCCCCCAAGCACCACCUCCGAUGACCCUGCCCCAACCAAGCCAUAGGAGAUCAGAUGCUGCCAUCGAUGAUAGGAAAAAAAAAAAAAAAAAGAAUAUCAAACCAGUGUUGCCACUUCAGCCCCCUCCUACCUUUUCUGUAAAGGUGUGUCCAUACUUGUGUAACGAUGAAUAUAAUGUAAUGUAACUUAACACCGCCCAGCCAUUGAAUAGUAAAAAAAAGAGCAUAUUUUUUUUAAAAGAAGUGUAUAAAUUCGAAAAAGGGGCAGCUAAUAAGCCCUUCUUGUCACUUAAAUUGCCAUAUUUUGUCCACUUGCACAGCACUGACUCUUUCAAGCAGACUUGGACGGAAAUUGUGUUUGUUUUCCUUUCACAUGCUUCAAACAUGCGGAGUUUAGCUCGUUUUGUUUGCGAUAAAAAAUUUGUCCAAAAAGUGGAAGGCUCGCCCAUCUGCUGUGUUGGGGUGAGAUUUUAAUCAAGCACACUUGCUGCAUGUGAAAUAAACAAAUGCUAUUUUGAUCAAGCCCUGCUGCGAAGGCUGUCAGGCCAAUUUUCUGCCCCUUAGUUUCAUUGGAAGUCCAGCCUGUUAAUAAACGUGAUGUGUUUUUUUGCACUUAACACAGUUGGACGCUCAUAUAUUGCAUCAAUACAGCGAGGUAAAUGCAAUGCACUUGACUGCAUCUAAAAAAAACAACCUUAUUCUAUGUCGUUCAUCAAUUUUU